AUGAUAGCAGAGGCCACUGACAUUCCAAUGGAGGGCAUAAAGUUUUAUAGGGAUAGAAAAAUCUUUGAUGCUAGUGUGAAGAAGUUCCCGAAGAUUGAGGAGGAAAGGGCUAAGUUGGUGAAGGGCAGUCACACCUACUUUUCACCUAAGAUGAAUAUUGCAGAGAUUUCUGACUCGGAUGAAGAUUUUGACGAGUCGGAAGAGGAAGAAGGUGAUGGCUAUGAUAAGGAAGUAGAGACUGAAGAUGACCCCCAAAUGGUAGAUUCCACAACCUUUGAUACCAACCACUCUACUUUUGCCUAUAUCUUGGUGGACAUUGACAUUUCCAAGACUCUAAUUGAUGCAGAGCCCCAGGGUUCUAUCCCCCCAAUGCUCUCAAUGGCUGUAGGAGACUCACUAGGCCAAAUUGGUCCAACUAUGGUUGGAACUCUUCCCAAUGCAAAUGUGACUAAAAAUGGUGAGAAGCUUGAAGAGAAACAAGCAAGAUUAUAUUUCCAGCAGCUGAUCUGCGCAUUACAAUACUGUCACAAGAAGGGAAUGUUUCACAGAGAUCUGAAAACAGACGAUCUGUUAAUAGACAGUAAUGGCGCUCUAAAGGUCUCUGACUUUGGUCUAUGUGCGUUACAGACAAAAGAAGAAAUGGACAGAAAAUUAUUACAGAAGACAAUGUGUGGGACUCUUUCCUACGUUGCUCCAGAGAUGUUUUACAACGAAGGUUAUGAUAGUGCAAAGACAGAUAUAUGGGCAUGUGGUAUUCUUUUGUACACUAUUUUGACGGAAGUUCUUCCAUUUGAGAAUGCUAAUAAACCACAGCUUUUGAGACAAAUCAUGGCUGCUAAUUUUAGUUGUCCUGAUUGGCUUAGUGAAGAAGUGCGGGCUAUCUUACAUGAGAUUCUUGAGCCCGAACCUCGAAAGAGGAUUACCAUAAUGGAGCUCAAAUGGUUCAAAGAAAGUUAG